AUGAUUUUGACGCGUGACCUCAUUUUCCUGCAGACCACUGCCGCCAGCGGAGCCGCUGAGAUCAGCCGCAUCCUCACGAAGGCGCCGGCAGCAUACGUCAACGUGCCCUUUGUCGAGGAGGAUGUUGAGCAGAUCAUGGAGGAGGUGCCCGACUUCAAGUUCUACUACGUCGGUCGCUCCGACGGUGGUGACAACCCGUACCGCAAGGUGCCGUUGACCGACCGCAUCUACAUCGAGGGAUCCGAGGGGCGCUUCGAGCCCGUCGACGACUCCGUGAAGCUGGCGAAGCUCCCCAACGGCCUCAGAAUUGCGUCCGUCGAUAGGGGUGGAAUGGAUUCUUUGGUGGGACUUUACGUCGGCGCGGGCGCGCGGUACGAGCGCCCCGAGGAGAUUGGUGUGUCGUCUAUGAUCGAGAACAUGGCCUUCCACUCGACAGCGCACCUGUCGCACCUGCGCACCAUCAAGACCGUGGAGACCCUAGGCGGCAAUGCGAGCUGCAACGCGUUCCGCGAGCACAUCGCUUACCACGGGGAAUGCAUGCGCAAGGACGUGCCGAUCAUGGUGAACCUGUUGAUCGGAAACGUCCUGUUCCCGCGUUUCCUGCACUGGGAGAUGAAGGCCAACAAGUCGCGGUUGGACGACCGGCGCAAGCAGAUCCACGAGACCCCGGACAUGAUCGUCACGGAGCUCUUGCACUCCGUCGCCUGGCACAACAACACGCUCGGCCUGCCGAACUUCUGCCCGGAGGCUAGCAUGGCGAACUACAAGCCCGAGGUAUUGAGGAAUUUCAUGUUGCGCCACUUCUCGCCCGACAACUGUGUCGUGGUGGGCAUCAACACCGACAUGGCCGAGCUCUCGAAGUGGGUGAUGCGCGCCUACAACGAGUACAACGCGAUCGAGCCCGUAAAGCGCGAGGUGGAAAGGCCCGUGUACACCGGCGGCGUGCGCUACCACGAGGACAACACGCCGCUGCUGCACCUGGCGGUGGGAUUCGAAAUCCCCGGUGGCUGGAACAAGCCGGAGCUGGUGGUUUUCACGGUGCUGCAGGCGCUGCUCGGAGGCGGUGGAGCGUUCUCCACCGGCGGGCCCGGCAAGGGCAUGCACAGCCGCCUGUUCCUGAACGUGCUUAACAAGAACGAGUUCGUGGAAACGUGCAUGGCCUUCUCGACCGUCUACAGCGACGCUGGUAUCUGCGGGUUGUACAUGGUUGCCGCACCUCACGCAUCACGCAAUGCCUUGGAGGUGAUGGCGAACGAGUUCAGGGCGAUGGCCACGGUGACGCCCAAGGAGUUGGAACGCGCCAAGAACACCCUGAAGUCGUACCUGCACAUGUCACUCGAGCACAAGGCCGUGCAGAUGGAGGACAUUGCCAGGCAGCUGCUGCUGUGCGACCGCGUGCUGACCGUGAACGAGCUGGAGCGCGCCAUCGACAGCGUGACUGCCGGCGACAUCAAGAGCUGCGUAGACCGCAUGCUGAAAUCCGGCAAGCCGUCGGCCGUUGCCAUGGGAAACCUGACCUAUAUGCCGCACCCAGAAGAGAUGCUCAAGUACUUCCAGUUUUAG